CUCUCUCUCUCUCUCUCUUAUCUCCAAUGGCGUCCAUCGCCGCCGGCACGGGGCAAUUCCUCAGCCUCCAUCAAACUCGUUCCCGUUCAAAACUGCCAUCUCCUUCGUCCUCCGCCUCUAUUACUACUGCCACUAUUAGAUGCGAGCAAAUUUUGUCUCAAAACCCUAAAAAACUAACAAAAACUCGACCCUCGAAAACUCCCUUAUUUUCCGUCAAGAACCUCGCCAUCUCCGCCGCAUCCGGAAUUUUAUUUCACGUAGCGUUUAAGAAUCCUUCCCUCAUCGGCAUCGGCGGUGGAAAUGGUGGCGGUGGAGCGGGUGGAGGCGGCGGCGGUGACGGAGGCGGAGGUGGUGGUGGAGGCGGAUUUUGGAAGAGGUUGCUCUCUCCUGCAGCUAAUGCAGAUGAAAAUCAGUCUUCCGAAUGGGAUUCUCAUGGCUUACCGGCUGAUAUCAUUGUUCAAUUGAAUAAGCUCAGCGGAUUUAAAAAAUAUAAAGUAUCUGAGCUCGUGUUUGUUGAUAAACAAUCAACCACUGUUGUAGGUUCAGAAGAUUCGUUUUUUGAAAUGGUUUCACUAAGAGCUGGUGGCGUUUAUACCAAAGCUCAGCUACAGAAAGAGCUUGAAACCCUAGCUACUUGUGGUAUGUUUGAAAAAGUUGAUCUAGAAGCGAAGACUAACCCCGAUGGGACUAUUGGAUUAACGGUAUCAUUCACGGAAUCCACUUGGGAAGAGGCUGAGCACUUUAGGUGUAUCAAUGUGGGGUUAAUGCAGCAAUCGAAAGGUGUUGAUGCGGAAGAUAACAUGACUGAGAAGGAGAAGGUUGAUUAUAUGCGCAACCAAGAGAAAGAUUAUCGUCGAAGGAUGGAUAAGGCACGUCCGUGUAUGUUGCCAUCUUCAGUUAAUCGUGAAAUUAAGAGGAUGUUGGGUCAAGGGCCGGUGAGUGCUAGGAUGUUGCAGAGCAUCCGUGACCGGGUUCAGAAAUGGUAUCAUGAUGAAGGAUAUGCUUGUGCUCAGGUUGUGAAUUUUGGGAAUUUGAAUACGGAAGAAGUUGUAUGUGAGGUGGUGGAGGGUGAUAUCACAAGGGUGGUGAUUCAGUUCCAAGAUAAACUUGGAAAUGUAUGUGAAGGGAACACUCAACCUGGAGUAGUGAAGAGAGAAUUGCCUAAACAGCUUCAAAAAGGGUAUAUUUUCAACAUUGAAGCCGGGAAGCAAGCAUUGCGAAACAUUAAUUCCCUAUCUUUGUUCUCAAAUAUUGAAGUCAAUCCACGCCCUGAUGAGAAAAAUGAAGGAGGGAUUAUUGUUGAGAUUAAGCUCAAAGAGCUGGAGCAAAAAUCAGCUGAAGUCAGUACUGAAUGGAGUAUUGUUCCUGGACGUGGAGGUCGCCCUACUUUGGCUUCAAUCCAGCCUGGUGGAACUGUUUCUUUUGAGCAUCGGAACAUCAAGGGGCUUAAUAGAUCUCUUCUUGGCUCUGUGACUACAAGUAACUUUCUUAAUCCUCAGGAUGAUCUUGCUUUUAAGCUUGAGUAUGUACAUCCUUACUUAGAUGGUGUAUCUAAUUCUCGAAACCGCACUUUGCGUACAAGCUGCUUCAACAGCAGAAAGCUCAGUCCAGUCUUCACAGGUGGACCAGGAGUGGACGAAGUUCCUCCUAUAUGGGUUGAUCGAGCCGGUGUUAAAACCAAUAUUACUGAGAAUUUCACUCGUCAAAGCAAGUUUACGUAUGGAAUUGUAAUGGAAGAGAUAACAACACGUGAUGAAAGCAGCCAUAUCUCUUCAAAUGGUCAAAGGGUUUUACCAAGUGGUGGUAUUAGUGCAGAUGGCCCUCCAACAACAUUGAGUGGCACGGGCAUAGACCGAAUGGUAUUUGCACAAGCAAAUAUUACAAGAGACAACACCAAGUUUGUAAAUGGAGCAAUUGUUGGUGAGAGGAAUGUGUUUCAGCUUGAUCAAGGUCUGGGCAUUGGCAGUAAGUUCCCAUUUUUCAAUCGUCACCAACUAACAAUGACAAGAUUCAUCCAACUAAAGGAAGUUGAAGAAGGUGCUGGCAAACCCCCACCACCGGUGCUUGUUCUUCAUGGUCAUUAUGGUGGAUGCGUGGGAGACCUUCCUAGUUAUGACGCCUUCACACUUGGGGGACCUUACUCUGUGAGGGGUUAUAAUAUGGGAGAAAUUGGUGCUGCCAGAAACAUCCUUGAGCUUGCUGCUGAAGUACGUGUACCAGUGAGAAACACACACGUAUACUUAUUUGCAGAACAUGGGAAUGAUCUGGGGAGUUCAAAGGAUGUGAAAGGAAACCCGACUGAGGUCUACCGACGGAUGGGUCAUGGUUCAUCCUAUGGUGUUGGUGCCAAGCUAGGUUUAGUACGAGCCGAGUAUGCCAUUGAUCACAACUCUGGGACUGGUGCCCUAUUUUUCAGGUUUGGGGAGAGAUUUUGAUUUAUCGUAUUUCGAUUAAAUUCUAUGAUUUUAAUUUUCUAUCCGGUUUUGCGAUUUGGAUAGAACGGUGAUGAUGAUCUUGUGUGGAUGAAACUGAAGUGUUAAUUUGUAGAAAUUUGGUAAUUUUGUUUGCACCUAUUUGAGAUGUAUACGUUUAACAUACACCCCAGGAAUAAAUGGUGUGUGUUUGGUGUUGCA